GGAGGAGGGAGGUGGCGGCGCCGUGGCGGAGGAGCAGGAGCAGGAGGGGGAUGGAGAGGAGAAGGCUCCUGCAUGGCAUGGCGCUCCUGCUCCUCCAGGCGCUGCCCAGCCCCCUGUCAGCCAGGGCUGAGCCCCCGCAGCAUAGGGAGAAAUUUUGGAAAAAUCCUGCUCUUAUCUGAGAUUGCACAAAUGGUCAGAGAAACCUGGGAAAAUGAGGAGGCCCGGUCAGUGGAUUUGCUCCGCGCAGCUCUCCGGGAGUGUCAGCUGUGUGUCCCCGUCCCAUGCCCGGCUGACUGUGUGCGCCCUCAAGGAUAAGGAAACCUGCGUGGGCACCAACAAUCAGAGCUACAUCUGCGACACGGGACACUGCUGCGGCCAGUCGCAGUGCUGCAACUACUACUACGAACUCUGGUGGUUCUGGCUGGUAUGGACCAUCAUCAUCAUCCUGAGCUGCUGCUGCGUCUGCCACCAUCGCAGGGCCAAGCACCGGCUCCAGGCCCAGCAGCGCCAGCGUGAGAUCAACCUGAUCGCCUACCGGGAAGCGCACAGCUUCUCGGCGUUGCCCUUCUACUUCAGGUUUUUGCCAAACUAUUUACUACCUCCUUAUGAGGAAGUGGUGGACCGGCCUCCGACUCCUCCCCCGCCCUACAGUGCCUUCCAGCUCCAGCAGCAGCUCUCGCCCCCAUGCGGCCAGGCGGGCGGCAGCCCCCCUGCCGCAGCCGAGCCCAGCAGGGACCCCCCGGGGGUUCAGGGCAGCCCCCGGGCAGCGCCCAGCCGGAGCAGCACCAGACCCCCGAGCACCGCCGACCCUGAGCCCGUCGACAUGCCGGUCGCCUUGGCCGCCGCCAAGCCCCCCGGCCAGGAGCCCAGCGGCGCGGCCAGCCCCGGGGCCAGCCUGGACACCGAGUCCGGGAACCCCGAGGAGGAGCCGCUGCGGGACCGCGGCUCCGAGCCGGGCGGCGCCCUCCCCGACGCCAAGGACAAGACGCCGGGCCGCCACCGCCGCUUCACUGGCGACUCGGGCAUCGAGGUGUGCGUGUGCAACCGGGGCCACACCGAAGACGACGACGACGACCUCAAAGAGUUCAGCGCCCUCAUCGACGAUGCGCUGGACGGGCCCGUGGCUUUCUGUGACAGCUGUCACGUGCGGCCCCCCUGCGAUGAGGAGGAAGGUCUCUGCCAGCCCCCCGAGGGGCAGGCCCGCGAGCCCGGGCACCCGCACCUGCCCCGUCCACCCGCCGGCCUGCUGCUGAACACCAUCAACGAGCAGGACUCCCCGAACUCGCAGGGAAGCGGCUCCCCCAGCUAGAGCAGACCCUGCCUGGCCCCCCGGGAGCCGGGCGGGGGCGCGCCAGCCCCCCACCUGGAGCAGCAAGAGAAGCAUUCAGUGAUGUUCCCGAGAAGGUGGCCCAGCCGCUCUGUUCUUUGGUUUUUGGUGUUUUAUUUUGGUUUUUUUUUCCCCCCUCUCUCCUCUCCUGCAUUUUUCCUCAUCUCCAGGCGCCGCUGGGUGGGUCCGGCCACCUCCCCGCCCGGAAUCUCAGUAUUGUGGAGGGCUGAGAAGUCGGUUCCGUGACUCAUUCCUUACCCCGGCCGCCUUCCCCACCUCUCCCAGUUUCAAAUUGUAUCUCAGAACUUGCUCCCUGGAGAGUGUGUUGCGUGCGUGUGUGUCUGUGUGUCAGAGCGUCCGAGCCCAGGAGGAUGGGCAGAGACGGUGCCCAGAGGUGCCUCUUGGCAGAGCUGCGGUGUGUGCUCUGGCUGUGUUCCGGCCAGGAGAGGUGGCAGCUCUGAGGCCUGGGUGAAGAAGGGGGCCCGCAGAGGCGUGGCCCGGGUGCGCUCACCCCGUGCCUCUGCAGAGCCAGCCCCUGGCUGACCCUCGAAGGCAGCUGGGGGUCGGCCUGCUCCCUGCGUCCAGGAGGGGCCCCUGCCAGCAGGUUCUGGCUGGUGGCCACCCAGGAGAUAGAUUUAUUUCACUGCCUUCUUUUUUGGAUUUUCUUUUUUAAAAAUGAAACAAAAGCGAGCUGAAAACAAGGUCCUUCCCGCCGGGGAGGCUUCACCCAGCCGAUCAUCGUGGGAUGGAGAGGCGAGCACUGUUCCUGGAGCUGGCCGCAGGGAGCCUGGCCCUGUGGGGCUCUGGCCACCGCUCUGCACCUCUGCCCCUCGACGUUCUGUGUGCCUCGGGGCCCGCGCCUCCCCGCGCCCCAGGCACGGCCUGCAGGCCAUCGUCUCCCACGGAUGUGAGGCUCUGAGGGUCUGGAGAAAGGGUGGCCCCGAACUGAGCCCUCACAUGGGAUGGGAUGUUUUCGUUGAUUCUCAAGUUAUUUUCUUUUUUUUGUUUGUUUUAAACUGACCACUUUGGGGCGGAGGGUGGG